UACAUACAUAGUCAUCAUAGAUAGAUGCAAUCUCCUCACCCUCUCUCUCUCUCGGAGACUCUUCUUAAGCUGCAUAACUACUACCACUACUAUAUAAAACGGGAGGGAAGCCCCAAAUACCAUUUUCAAAGUCCCUCUCUUUCUCUCUCUAAAACUAAAAUCCCUCUCCUCUGCUUCAAUUUGAAGCUGUCUGUCUCUCUUUCUUCCAUCUUUUCUCCCAUCCCACCUUCUCCUCACUAGGGUUUCUUUACUCCUCUAGGGUUUUUCGAACAACCUUCACUUUUUUUCUUAUUUCUGGGCUAGGGUUUAAUCACACCCACUGCUCAUCUCUGCCAUGGCGGCGGAGAAGCUACGUGAUUUGAGUCAGCCCAUAGAUGUCUCUCUGCUUGACGCCACUGUCGCUGCUUUCUAUGGAACCGGAUCUAAAGACGAGAGGACUGCGGCAGACCAUAUCUUGCGAGACCUGCAAAAUAAUCCAGAUAUGUGGCUUCAAGUGGUCCACAUUUUAUCUAACACACAGAACUUGAACACCAAAUUUUUUGCUUUACAGGUCCUAGAAGGUGUUAUUAAGUACCGAUGGAAUGCUUUGCCCGUUGAACAACGAGAUGGCAUGAAGAACUAUAUUUCUGAAGUUAUAGUUAAACUUUCAAGUGAUGAGAUCUCUUUCCGGCGGGAGAGGCUGUAUGUUAAUAAAUUAAAUAUUAUAUUGGUUCAGAUCUUGAAGCAUGAGUGGCCAGCCCGGUGGCGUAGCUUUAUUCCUGACCUGGUUGCCGCAGCAAAAACAAGUGAAACUAUUUGCGAGAAUUGCAUGGCAAUUUUGAAGCUUCUAAGUGAAGAAGUUUUCGACUUCUCAAGGGGUGAGAUGACUCAACAAAAGAUUAAAGAGUUAAAACAAUCAUUGAACAGUGAGUUCCAGCUGAUUCAUGAGUUAUGCUUAUAUGUUCUGUCGGCAUCUCAAAGGGCUGAGCUUAUAAGGGCCACACUGGCCACACUGCAUGCUUUUCUUUCGUGGAUUCCUCUAGGCUAUAUAUUUGAAUCACCACUGCUUGAGACACUGCUCAAAUUUUUUCCUGUUCCGGCUUAUCGCAAUCUCACUCUGCAAUGUCUGACAGAGGUUGCUGCUCUUAGUUUUGGGGACUUUUACAACAUGCAGUAUGUCAAAAUGUAUACGAUAUUCAUGGUGCAAUUGCAGAAUAUCCUGCCACCUACUACCAACUUUUUGGAGGCUUAUGCAAAUGGCACAACUGAGGAGCAGGCAUUUAUUCAGAACUUGGCAUUGUUUUUCACAUCAUUUUACAAGUCUCACAUACGGGUACUAGAAUCUUCACAAGAGAACAUAAAUGCACUGCUGAUGGGCCUUGAGUAUCUCAUCAAUAUAUCUUAUGUGGAUGACACUGAAGUUUUUAAGGUUUGCUUGGACUACUGGAAUUCCCUAGUCUUGGAGCUGUUUGAAGCUCACCAUAAUUUGGAUAAUCCUGCAGUAACUGCAAACAUGAUGGGACUACAGAUGCCAAUGCUUCCUGGUAUGGUUGAUGGACUUGGUUCACAACUAAUGCAGCGACGUCAGCUUUAUGCUGGUCCAAUGUCGAAGUUGAGAUUGCUGAUGAUAUGCCGCAUGGCAAAGCCCGAAGAAGUUCUCAUUGUUGAGGAUGAAAAUGGAAAUAUAGUUCGUGAAACUAUGAAAGACAAUGACGUGCUUGUGCAGUAUAAGAUAAUGAGGGAAACACUGAUCUACUUGGCACAUCUUGAUCACGAGGACACUGAAAAGCAGAUGCUAAAGAAAUUGAGUAAACAACUAAAUGGAGAGGAUUGGACUUGGAACAACCUAAAUACAUUGUGUUGGGCAAUUGGAUCUAUAUCUGGGUCAAUGGUGGAGGAGCAGGAAAACAGAUUUCUAGUGAUGGUCAUUCGCGAUUUGUUGAACCUCUGUGAAAUCACCAAAGGGAAGGAUAAUAAAGCCGUGAUUGCAAGUAAUAUAAUGUAUGUGGUUGGGCAGUAUCCCAGAUUUUUGAGGGCCCACUGGAAGUUCUUGAAAACUGUUGUGAACAAGUUGUUUGAGUUCAUGCACGAAACUCAUCCUGGAGUUCAGGACAUGGCGUGCGACACAUUUUUGAAAAUUGUUCAAAAGUGCAAACGUAAAUUUGUCAUUGUUCAGGUUGGAGAAAAUGAGCCAUUUGUAUCAGAACUUUUGACAACACUUCCAGCAACUAUUGCAGAUCUUGAGCCUCAUCAGAUUCACUCCUUUUAUGAAUCUGUGGGCCAUAUGAUUCAAGCAGAAUCUGAUCCUCACAAGAGAGAUGAAUAUUUGCAGAGGUUGAUGGAGCUUCCUAAUCAGAAAUGGGCUGAAAUUAUUGGACAGGCGCGUCAGAGUGUGGAUUUCUUGAAAGAUCCAGAUGUGAUAAGGGCAGUGCUUAACAUUUUGCAGACAAAUACUAGUGUUGCGAGCUCUCUAGGAACAUAUUUCCUGCCACAGAUUUCUCUAAUCUUCUUGGACAUGCUCAAUGUAUACAGAAUGUACAGCGAGCUUAUAUCAACCAGUAUUGCCCAAGGAGGACCCUAUGCUUCCAGGACAUCUAUUGUGAAACUUCUACGGUCAGUCAAGAGGGAAACGCUAAAGCUUAUUGAGACGUUUCUAGACAAAGCUGAAGAUCAACCACAUAUUGGCAAACAAUUUGUGCCUCCGAUGAUGGACCCUGUGCUUGGUGACUAUGCCAGGAAUUUGCCUGAUGCAAGAGAGUCAGAAGUUCUCUCUCUCUUUGCCACAAUAAUAAAUAAGUAUAAGGGGGCAAUGAUUGAUGAUGUUCCUCGGAUAUUUGAAGCUGUUUUCCAGUGCACUCUAGAGAUGAUAACAAAGAAUUUUGAAGACUAUCCUGAGCAUCGACUCAAGUUCUUUUCACUGCUUCGAGCCAUUGCUACACAUUGUUUUCCUGCUUUAAUCCAUUUAUCUAGUGAGCAACUUAAACUUGUCAUGGAUUCCAUUAUAUGGGCUUUCCGGCAUACUGAACGAAAUAUUGCAGAAACUGGACUCAACCUUUUAUUGGAGAUGCUGAAAAACUUUCAGGCUUCAGAGUUCUGCAAUCAGUUCUACAGGACUUAUUUUUUGACAAUAGAACAAGAAAUAUUUGCUGUUUUGACAGACACCUUCCAUAAGCCUGGUUUUAAGUUGCAUGUACUUGUGCUGCAGCACUUAUUCUGCCUGGUGGAGUCUGGUGCCUUGACUGAGCCACUGUGGGAUGUUGCAACAGUUCCUUAUGCUUAUCCAAACAACGGCAUGUUUGUCCGAGAGUACACAAUUAAACUUUUAAGUACAUCCUUUCCGAACAUGACAGCAGCUGAGGUGACCCAGUUUGUGAAUGGACUUUUUGAGUCAAGAGCUGAUCUUUCGUCAUUCAAAAACCACAUAAGAGACUUUCUUGUGCAAUCUAAAGAAUUUUCAGCUCAGGACAACAAAGAUCUUUAUGCAGAGGAAGCUGCUGCUCAGAGAGAAAGAGAGCGACAACGUAUGCUGUCAAUUCCAGGACUCAUUGCUCCCAACGAGAUUCAAGAUGAGAUGGUUGACUCAUAAGUUUUGGCAAAUUUUGGUGUCAAGACUAAUUUUGUGGAUUUUUUUUUUUGUUUUUUUAAAAACUCUUUUAAGUAUUAGGUUUGAGCACAUCUAGUCUGCAGUGAUACAUGUUAUGGAGUUUCCAUCUGUAAUUUUGCCUCAAUUUUAUCAUCUCCGUAGAAUAUUUUCUUGUGUGAAGCGGUGAAGCCACAGAGGCAGACAGGCUUUGCCGCCGAAGAAACUGCAUUCUGGUUGUAGAGUACUUAGAUUCUAAUUUAGGAAUAUAGCAUGUCACCUUAUAGAUCCCUGGAUGGUUGUGACACUGUAAUGCAGGAGGAAGUUUGAAGUGAUUGUCCUUGGCAGGCGCCUAUUGGCGACUCGUAAUAGGUCUAAUGUAUACAACAUUAAUGGGUUGUGCAGAAAAUUCUCUUUCUGUUGAUUUGUAGA